CUUUUGUAUGUAUGAAACUGUUAUGUGACAAAAACUUAAAAUAUUUUGCCCCUCUAAUCUCAGCUUUGGUGCUCCUCAGAAGAAGUUUUCCUAAAUUUGAAAGUCAGUGAUGUAAUAUUUUAUUUGGAAAGGGUCAAGUGCUGGUCCAUUGUGACGUCACGGCACUUUGGUUGCAGACAUUUACAAACUUUUCAACAAGUAAUUCUGGUGGAGAAAUGGAGUUUGUGGUCGGUAAGGAAACUUUUACGCACAGUUUUGGAGCUGUUUUGGGGGGGUUGGCAGGGCAGGGGCGUGGUGUGACUCCGGACAGGCUGAUGACUUUGUGGACCCACUCAUGCAUGCUCACACAAUGUGACAGUCCAGACAUGGCUUGAAACGUUUGGUAGCCCCGUUCCACCCGAGCUCCAUCUCUGACCGCCGCCUCCGCGCGCGCACAAACAAAAAAGUCAAACUCUCACCGCGCGUAAAAGGAAAACUUUUCCCAUACGAGAAAACAUGCGCGUGGAGAAGUUAGCGCACGAAUUCUUUUUGUAGGGAAGCACAGAAAAAGACAGAAAAGGCGUUUUUGAACAGAAAAAAAUCGGAUCCAGGAGUUGGACGCGCUCUUCUACGAUGUCACCUGUGAGGGCAGACGGAUCCUCUCUCCACGUUAAAGUAUGACAUCUCCGCUUUAAAGGUGUCACACAAGUUGUGAAACUCAGUCGAUGGAUUUAUUACUCUUAAUGCAAGAAUAUUUUACCUGUACUUUCUUCAUAGGCUUGAAAACUUGAAGCAUGGGCGACUGGAGCUUUCUGGGGCGGCUGCUGGAGAACGCUCAGGAGCACUCAACAGUCAUCGGCAAGGUCUGGCUGACUGUCCUCUUCAUCUUCAGGAUCCUGGUGCUGGGGGCCGCGGCUGAAGAGGUCUGGGGUGACGAGCAGUCUGACUUCACCUGCAACACCCAGCAACCCGGCUGCGAGAACGUGUGCUACGACGAGGCCUUCCCCAUCUCGCACAUCCGCUUCUGGGUGCUGCAGAUCAUCUUUGUGUCCACGCCGACGCUCAUCUACCUGGGCCACGUGCUUCACAUCGUCCGCAUGGAGGACAAGCGGAAAGAAAAGGAGGAAGAAAUGCGCAAAGCAAACAAGUUCCACGAGGAGAAAGAACUCCUUUAUAGAAACGGGGACGAUGCCGGGGGAGGCAGAAAGAAAGAGAAGCCCCCAAUCAGGGACGAACAUGGCAAAAUCCGUAUCAGAGGUGCGUUGCUGCGCACGUACGUGUUCAACAUUAUUUUUAAGACCCUGUUUGAAGUGGGUUUCAUUUUAGGCCAGUAUUUCCUUUAUGGUUUCCACCUGAAGCCCCUGUACAAGUGUGCACGCUGGCCCUGCCCCAACACUGUUGACUGCUUCAUAUCCAGGCCAACCGAAAAGACCAUUUUUAUUUUAUUCAUGCUUGUGGUGGCUUGCGUGUCUCUUUUGCUGAAUUUGUUAGAAAUCUAUCACCUUGGCUGGAAGAAGGUUAAACAAGGAAUGAGGAAUAAGUUUGUCCCUGAUCAUGAGUCGCUGCGCCAUGUUGACAUUGCAGAGCCAGAGCGUUUGGCCUCGGCCUCCAGAACUGCCCCAUCCAGCCUCAGCUACCCUCCUAACUACACAGAUGUGACGGCAGGCAGCGGCGUCUUCCUGCCACCUAUGGACCCGGCAGCUGUGCCCUCCGCAGAGGAGAUGGAAGCGCUCCAGCAGGAGGAGUCUAUCCACCAGGCCUCCCCCUCCUCCCACUACUACAUCAGCAACAACAACAACCACAGGCUGGCCACGCAACAGAACUGGGCCAACCUGGCCACCGAGCAGCAGACUCGGGAGAUGAAGGGCACGUCUCCAUCUCCAUCCGCCUCGUCCUCCACCAGCAACGAGAACAAGUACCAGCAGCAGUCAGCUGAUGCUGUUGUGCUGCUUCCUGUCAGCAGCAGCGGCACAACCAGCGACGCAGCCACCAGCGGCGGCAGGCCCAGCUCUCCCUCUAUGGCGCAGGAAGAAGUCCACAUCACCACCACUACAGUAGAGCUGCACGAGCCGCCAGUAACAGUUCGCACAGACCCGCGACGGCUCAGCCGCACCAGCAAGAGCAGCAGCAUCAGGGCCAGGCCGGGCGACCUGGCUGUCUAAACAUCUUUGUCCCCAAACCUCCUUCUCCAACAACCUAGUCCCUCCAACCCCACCCACAUCCAAAUUACUAAAUCAUCAUCAUGAGUCAAAAACAAAAGGACAUACGAAGCAUAGAAGGAAAUUCUGAGUGCAAUUGGUGAGUUGCUGAGACAAAAGUCUGUUCUUUUUGCGGGGCGUUCUGCACUCAUGAGAGGAGUUCGGAAUGUUGUUUCAGGUUCAAAAGAAGACGUGUCCACAACAGGCUGACUUUGGGGCAGAGAUCUCCCCAUGUUUCACAGCUUCUCUCUUUUUUGAACCUUAUCGAACAUUUAAUGUCAUUUAAAGCCACCAAGUGUCAAAUAAUUAAAUUCUUAUUUUUUUAUUGCAUUUAGAAAAGCACAAAAAUCUGGCAUUAAUGUACAGAGAGUUUAUUUCACCCUCCGCGAGGCUGGUUUGCCAAAUGUGAAUCAUCCACAAUCAAAGUAAAUCUAAUUUAUUGUUUUUAUGUGAUUAUUUUUGACAAUUCAGACUGCUCUACGUUCCAAAGUAAACGUCAACAUUUGCGAUUAGGAGUGAAGGGUAAGAAGGACGCAUCAGGGUUAAAACUGCUGGUUGGGGUCAUUCCUGAGAGACCCAGAAUGCACCUGGCUGUUUAUGAGCAGGUCAGUAAAUGAAAAAGAGCGGAGAAUAGAAUUCCCCUCAUGCCUGCUGCCACUGUCGGUGUUGCUUUUCAGUCAGCAAAUGCCAACAGAACAAAGCUUGUCGACCAGAUUUAGCCUAAAAAUAUUAUAAAAAGAAAAAAAUUCAAAUCCGUAGAAGCCAUUCUUCUUGGUGCUGCAUGUUCAAGAAACUGUUGCUGAGCUUCAAGCCAAAAAUCCAAGUAAAGUCGCUCCUAGAGAUGCAAUUUAUUUUCCUGAUCACAUUUCAAGAGCUUAAAAAAAUAUCCUUUCACUCUUAAAUCUCAUAUUUGUAUAAGUUUGCGUUUGCAAAUGACACAAAGCACGGCUGUCACUGCACCUUUCACAAAGCAGCAGCGCUCUGACUCUAUUGUGUCGCGUUAUUUAUGAUGCUUGGACAACUUUUGUGCAACUAACUAGACUGGUCAGCAGCUGCAGUCCUCCGUCUGUGUCGUGGUACUGUCCUAUUUGGUCAUUCUCAACCCUGGCACUUUUAAAUUAACAUUCAUUUGCUGUGCUCUCAACACUUGAAAAGAGAUAAAAAGCAAAACGAAUGCAUAAAAUCACACAGUAUUACAUUUGUACUUUGUAUUUUAAAAGUGUAAGUGAUAAACCAAAGAAUAGACAUUCUCUAAGCCUCAUAUUUUCCACUUUGAAGGCCUCCAGUGGGUGCAGUAUGAUGGUACAGCAAGAGAUUGUGUGCUCACUUAAAGUGUUUUCUCUGACCACAGCUGCUUUCAGGACUACAAGCUGAAAGCAACAAUCUGCAUUUCAUUUUUUUGAAUCCUGAAGUUUACAUUUUACAAUUUGAGAGAUUUGCACUUUUGAGAAAAAAUAUUCUGAAGUUUCUGUUCUAAACAUAAAAACAGUGCAAACUCUCAAACGAAAUGAAGUCUUAACUAAAUAUGGCAGAACAGCUUUAACAAGGAAACAUGAGCAUCUUCAGUCCAGAUGAAGACCUAACGAUGAUGAUAGUGCUUUUAAAUACUGUUCUCCCCCAUCAGCACUUUGGGUAGAUAUAUCAGACACAGUUGGGAGAACGUGAGUUGGGUAGCUGGCCCUUCCCUAACCCUGCAGCCUUGACGGGACGCUGUGUGCAAAAGCCCAUCAGCGUCAGUGAAUUCUCUGAACUCUCCUGUUUCAUGCAGAGCAUGAGCUACUGAAUCAUCCGGGUGGAGGAACCAUCGCAAAAUGCUCACAACAACCGCUUUUCAUUGCUGUCUUAAAGGAGAAAAGUGCCUUGUGAAUGAAUGAUUCUUCUGUGAGAACCAGUUGAUGUAAAUGUUCAUUUACCUCAAAUGUUUACAAAACUGUUA